GUUUAUUCUGGGCUAGCAAGAUGGCUCAGCAGAUAAAGGCACUUGCUGCCAAGCCUGAUGACUGAGUUCAAGCCCAAAAACACACUGUGGAAGGAGAGAACUGUUUCCCACAAGACGUCCUCUGACCGCCACAUGAUUGCCAUGGCAUGCACAAACAUGCUACAAUUUAAAAGGCAAAAGGCAAUUUUUAAAGACAACAGGCAUUCAGAAUACCAUGUCCUGAGUCGAAGAAAGGUAUGGGCAACUCAAGAUAAAUCCUCGUCCCUUCUGGAGUCAAGUUAUACUUGAUAACCCAACUGGCUCAAAGAAAUAAAGUCCAGGGUGUUGGGCUUUGGAGGUCCCUCGGCUAUGAUGUGACAGGGGCACAUGCAUGCCCAUGAGGAGGCUCAAGCAGCUUGCCAGAAUGUAAGGUUAAAAUUCUCUGGGAUGUAUUAACUUAGCAGACCACUCGAUUCCAUCAACCGAAACUAAGAAUUUCUCAUCAGAGAGCACCUUCGUAGUGCAAAGAAGCUGUUUUGCUGCUUUCCUGUCACCCCCUAUCCAGCAUUUCUACUGAGGACAACCCGAAGCUGUGUCCCUGGGUCGCAUGCACUGUCUCCUGCUCCCUUUGAAGCAAGAGCUGUGCUUUGCAUCGUGUGACAGUUCCCCUGGAUGACUCUCAGCACUCAGAUUAUACCGUGAAAGCGGGAAGAUCCGGAGUGGGUUACAUGAGACUCUACAAAAACCAACAAGAAGAUAGGAAGGGUGAAGGGCAUGAAUCUCACUGAAGAGUAGCUGCUACCCUGUGCCCUGCAGCUUGUACCUGUGAUGUAUUUUGGUGCAGGAAGGCCUGCAGCACCCUAUGGCCAUGGAAGGAGCCUCCCCACCAAGCUCACCCAGUUCUUAGAAAUGAGAUCAAAUCGGGCCUUUAUAUUAAAGGAUUCAAACCAGGAAAAUGAUGACCAGUCGUAAGUCACUGUGGGUGCUGCUGUUUAUAGUUAUCCUCUGGGUCUCUUUUACAGUUUUCAGAAACCCAUCGGAGAUAUGGGCUACGUUCAAGUUGCCUGUGUCCUUCAGUCGCUGGAACUUGGUCAUGAAAUCCUCCUGCCCUACAGUGCCUCUGAACCCACCAGUUUCACUACAAGAGACAGAGAUGAGAGUCAAGGAGAUCCUAGAGAAACUAGACAAACAGAUCCCUCCCAGACCUUUCACCCAUCUCAACACCACCACCAGCGCCACGCACAGCACAGCCACCAUCCUCAACCCUCGAGAGACCCAUUGCAUGGGGGACAAACUGGAUGUGCUCUUGGAAGCUAGGGACCACCUGGGACACAGGAAGGAAUAUGGUGGGGACUUCCUGAGGGCCAGGAUGUCCUCCCCAGCCCUGAAGGCAGGAGCUUCUGGAAAGGUGACAGACUUCAACAAUGGCACCUACCUUGUCAGCUUUACCCUGUUCUGGGAAGGCCCCGUCUCCCUGUCUAUUCUUCUCAUGCAUCCCAGUGAAGGGGUGUCAGCUCUCUGGAGGGCUCGGAAACAGGGAUAUGACAGAAUCAUCUUCACUGGCAUGUUUGUCAGUGGAACCUCUCAGGUCCACACUGAUUGUGCCUUGGUUCUGAACUCAAGUGUGGAGCUGUGCCAAUAUCUGGACGCCCAGGACCAAGAAGCUUUCUAUUGUGUGAAGCCUCCAAAUAUCCCCUGUGCUGCCCUCACCCACAUGCAUUCAAAGAACAAGCAAGUUUCCUAUCUUAGGCAGCAAGAGAGGAGCCUCUUUGAAAAGUCAAAUAUAGGUGUGGAGAUUAUGGGAAAAUCCAAUGUGAUUAGUGUCUCCAAAUGCAACAAAGAGGCUGUUCCAACAAAAGAGAAAUGCAAGUUCGGAAUGGUAUCUGGAAUCCCCAGUGGGCAUGUCUGGAAAAACACAUGGAAUCCAGCCUCCUGUAGUUUGGCUCCAAUCAAAAUGAAAGACUGCCUGAGAGGAAAGUUCAUCCACCUAAUGGGUGACUCCACAAUCCGCCAAUGGAUGGACUACUUCAAAAGCAAAAUAGACACACUGAGGUCUGUGGAUCUGCAUGAGACUGGAAAACUGCAACACCAACUCGCCGUGGACUUGGAUGAAAAAAUUAGCAUCCAGUGGCAAAAACAUGGCUACCCCCUUAUUGGAUCACUGGUGUACUCUGUCAAAGAGAUAGAGAACAUUGCACGGAUAAUUGACAGGACUGGAGGAGAGAAAAAUACAGUCAUCGUCAUUUCUCUGGGUCAGCAUUUCAGACCUUUUCCCAUUGACGUUUUUAUCCGAAGGGCCCUCAAUGUCCACAAAGCUCUUCAGCGACUUCUCCUGAGAAGCCCAGACACUAUGGUUGUCCUCAAAACAGAAAACAUCAGGGAGAUGAACAGUGAUGUGGAAAGACUUAGUGACUUCCAUGGUUACACCCAGUAUCUUGCCUUAAAGGAUAUUUUCCAGGGUCUCAAUGUGGGUGUCAUUGAUGCCUGGGAUAUGACAAUUGCAUAUGGAACAAAUGAUGUCCAUCCACCACAGCAUGUGGUUGGAAGUCAAAUUAAUAUAUUCUUAAACUAUAUUUGCUAGGAAGCACAUAACUCUGAAAGUCACUCAUUGAAAUUCAAAGAUACAGUGUACCCUGCUGGUGUCCCAGUUAGUCCAGUGAGGUAGUCUGCACUGUGGUCCAUGUGACCCACCCAGUUCAGCCUAAAAGGGCCCAGACUGGGCUUCUGCUUCAAGUUGAAGCUCAAAAGAAUCAAUGAAAGGUCCUACCUUUAUUGAUCAGAGCCACACUGCUCUUCAUCAACUGGAAGUUAGGAUUCCUAUAGGUGAGACCUUUUUCCCUGCUGCUGUGAGUUCAGAAAAAUGAAGCAGUUUUGCAUAAAAUUCUUCAAAGGUCUUUGAUUCAAUCUGUAAAUAUGUUUGCUGAGAAUUUUUACAUCUGUGUUUAUCAGGGAAAUUGAGCUGUACCUUUUUCUUGGUCAUGUCUCCAAGUUUGAAAUCAGGGCACUAUAGACUUCAAAGAAUGACUUUGGUGGUGUUUCAUUCUGUUUGUGACUUGUGGAAAUGUCUGAGAACUGUUGGUUAGGUUUUCUUUUACAAAUUUCAUAGUAUUUAGUAGCACAUCUGUCCAGGCCUGAACUUUUCUUUGGAGAGAGACCUUUAAUUACUGCUUCAAUCUCAUUGCUUAUUAUGGAUCUGUUUAAAUUGUUUCUGUUUUCUAGAUUUAAUUUUGAUAGGCUAUAUGAUUUUUGAAAUUUGUCUUUCUCCUAGACUUUUGAGUUUUUGGAAUAUCAGAUUUUGAAUCAACCAAAACAAAGUAUGCACUGAAACACUACCAUGAAACCUAGUAUUUUGUAACUAAUUUUAGAAUAAAUAAAAAUUUUAAAUGGGAAACACUAAAAUAGGAAUGGAUAAUGGAAAAUAUUUUGGUGAAUUUUUACUCUUAUAUAUUAAAUACAAAAUUAUAGUUUGCUUUUUAUAAAUAUACUACAAAUUAUGUAUUUUUGCUUUU